AUGAAACGUAGUGCCGCUGCAGUGAUGGCGGCGGUCGCGUUAUUGCAGGCGGCCGGCGGUCUGUCGAUGCGACGCCGGCUGCGGGACCUGGCGCUAGACGACGAGGCUCACCGGACCCGACUUGCCCGUCUGGCCGGGUCCGUUAACAAGAUAAUCGACGAGUACCUGGGCACUAGGUCGGUAGUGAUGUUCGCGGACGAGGUGAGCCGCAGCGAUCUGGGCCAGCGGCUGCUGGUCGACAUGGGCCACCCCAGGCUGCUGGUGCAGUCGUCGGCGGCCACAGACGCGCGGCUGGCCAACGGGCUGGUCGUGUACCUGCAACGCGGCCAGGCCCGGCACCGGGACGGCCGGUCCACAGAUUACGAUACGGUGCUGGGCCGGCUGCCGUCCAGCGAUCACUCGCGGCACAUGGUGCUGUGGGACGGCGCACGGGGGCCGGGCGACCGCGUCGAUCUGCACCGCAUCCAGAUGCUGUUCGAGGCGUUCUGGCACCAUCAGCUCGUCGACGUGGCCGUCCUGGUGCCAAUGUACACCGGCAGCAUACGCGUGUAUGCGUUCAACCCGUACACCGGGUCACGGUGCAACGGAGCUGGUCCGCCGAUCAUGGUGAACGUCUGGAGCAGCUCGGCGGACGCUUUCAUCAGGGCCGACAGAGUGUUCGGCAUGGACAACAAGCUGAAAGACUUGCACAAAUGUCCGUUGAAAUGCUUGGGCAUACACAGGCCACCCGUGUCAACGGUAGUACAAACUGAGAAAGGCUUCCAACUUUCGGGGUCAGGUUUGCGCAUCAUCAAUUUCAUGCAGGAGUAUAUGAACUUCACCGGUAUCGUGACCAUGGCCAUAGGACAUUCGGGGGUGCAUUUCAUCUCCGAGACAGCCUUAUCGGACAACGAUAGUUCACCGGUGAGCGUGAAGGUGAAACAUAGAAAGGCGGACUUGGCGUUCGGUCGAUUCACGAGAAUUUUCGACAGCGAAUCCGACGUGGAAUUUAUCAAGGAAGACCAGAUGGAUUGUUUCACGUGGGGCUUGCCCAGCGGAAUUGGUCACGAUCCGACGCUGUGGAUCAACUACGUGGCGGAAUUUUCACUAGUCAUCUGGAUAUUAAUCAUACUGAGCAUAGUAUUGGCGUUCGGCGUAGUCGUCGCACUCUCGCAGCUCACGUCCACGCUGCAACGGCCGGCGGAUACGGUCCCGUGGAGUCCGUUAUUCAUUCUGUUCUACACGUACGGUACGUUCAUCGGCGCUCCCAUAAAAGUCACCCCCAAAUCGUGCGCACUACAAGUGUUCCUGUCCAACUGGUUGCUGUACUGUCUGGUGGUGACGAGCGCGUACCAGGCGUAUUUGGGUAGUCUUAUAACUAUACCACAAACGACGCCCGAAAUCAACGAUCAGCGUACGUUAUUGAGGACCAGCUUGAACUUAGUAGGCAGACAAGAUAUGUACUAUUUGAUCAACUCGUCGGCAGGCUCUAGCAACGAUUUCAGAGAGUUGGUCGAUCGCUAUCAGAUACUACCUCCCGAAGACUUCGGCCACUUCAUCCAGAGGAUAUUAUUGAAAAGAGACACAGCCGUCCUGGCAUCCAAACGUGAACUGAUAUUUUACGCGCAAAGGUACAAGACCAUAUUUAACGACUCGAGACACCUACACGUCUUGCCUACAUGCACAAUCGAAUCAUACUCGUCGACAUUUAUGCUGCGAAAGGGAUCGCCGUUUCGGCAUAGAAUUAGCACCAUUAUGUCACGACUUUCAGAAACGGGAAUUAUGCAGCAAUGGGACAGGGAAAACCUUAAAGAAGAACUGGUGCACAAUAUUGUGUUUACCGAAGACACGAUUCUUUCUAUGUCACAAUCUUUAGGGGCAUUUGUGGUUUUAUUUUUUGGUUUGUUUUUGGGCUUCUGUGCGUUUAUUGGCGAAAUUGUUGUGUUCCUUAUAAAUACAUUUUACAUAAGGCAUACAAAACAAUUCGUGUUCAUAAACUAACUAAAAAACAUAACAAACUAGAUUAAUCCUACAAUGAAUAACAACAUGUUUGAAAU